AUGGAUGAGGAGAAGGCUGAGAUCGGCAGAUUGGUUAUUGGACAGAAUGGUAUCUUAUCUACACCUGCUGUUUCAUGUAUCAUCCGAAAGAUCAAAGCAGCUGGUGGAAUUAUUCUAACAGCCAGCCACAGUCCUGGGGGACCUGGAGGAGAGUUUGGAGUCAAGUUUGAGGUUGCCAAUGGAGGACCUGCUCCAGAUAUAGUUUCAGAUAAAAUCUAUCAAAUCAGCAAAACCUUGGAGGAAUAUGCCAUUUGUCCUGACCUCCGAGUUGAUUUAUCACGCCUAGGAAGACAAGAAUUUGAUCUGGAGAACAAAUUCAAACCUUUCCGAGUGGAAAUUGUGGAUUCUGUGGAUAUCUACCUCAAUCUCCUUCGAAGUAUCUUUGACUUCAAUGCAAUCAGAAAUUUGCUGACCGGACCCAACCAGAUUAAAAUAAGGAUUGAUGCCAUGAAUGGAG